ACUUAUUUUCCCCAAUUUUACUUUCCCUCUAUUAAAAAAAAAAAACUUCCGCUCCCCAAAACCCUUCUUCUUCACGUUCGUUCUUCGUUGUCUGGUUCCGUUUUUCAGCGUCUGGUUCCUUGCUUCAGUGGCUAGGCUGAAAUUCAUCAUCUCCUCUCAAUGACAAUGGUUGUGUUUCGAAAUUGAAUUCCUCCAUAGUUUCAGCAAAGAUCUCAAAAGAACUCCAUCAAAGCCAGCAACUUGGGUGCCAAUAACUGAACAGAAUCUCAAACUGGUAGACCAUAUAGUAGGUUAGAAAUGUACACUAUUGCCCACAAGAAGAAAGAUGGAUCAUUUGUGAACGAAGAGGCUAGACAACAGAUUGAACAACUUGAAAUGGAAGUUGAUAACAAUGCUUCUGAAGAAGAUGCAUUCAGAACUGUAAUUGGGAAAGAACAUCAUGGAUAUGUACGAGGCAUGGGUUUCGGUGUUUGCCCCUCUAAAGUCUUCAAAGGUUUUGGGAGCACAUCAACCAAUGGUUCUUCUGCACAAGUUAACAAGCUUCAAUCAGAAUUGGAAACAGAGCGUGCCAGAGUUGAUGCUUUGGUACAAGAAGUUGAAAGAUUUAAAGGCUUAGAAGAAAAGCUUGCAUUUGUUAUGCAACAAUUGACUGGCCAAGGAUUUAAUAGGGUUACUGAUUUAGGCUCUCCAAACGAACCAAGGCCAUCAUCAUCCGCUAGUCAUAAUCCCGGAAACAAUGGACCGUCUUCUUAGCUUCAUGUAGGAUUGGGGGAAUGAUUUAAGACUGAGCUUUUUUUGGAUUAUUCUACUGAACUUGUCACUUUAGUAGUUGGAUCUAGUGUUUCUUAUGCUGAUGUUAAUGUUGGACCAUUUACAUGUUUGUACUGAAUUUAACACUUUAGUAGUUGGAUUUAUGUUGAAUGCAAAUGAAUGAACUUAUUUUUACCUA